UGAAUUCUCCAUGUUGUCUAUAUUAAAGUUCCCCUCAUCUAGUAUAACAGGCUUUUAAAAUGCAAUAUUGAAGCAUAUGUUCUACUUAAAAUAUCAAAGGGAGUUUACUACUCAUUUUGAUGUUCUCGUUCACACAGGAGAGAGACAUGAAUAUGGUGGAUCCUCUGGGGAGCCUCAACAACAUCCUGAUGCUGACGAGGCAGAGAAGAGUCUCUCCAGAUCAGAACACCAGAUGGACAAUGCUAGCCCUUCCGCCCUCCCGGAGUCCCUGUGUCGUGCCUCUCCUGGUAGCACGUUACUGCUGGGUAUGAAGAGGUUGUCUGUGCUGCUGGUGGACUGCAGGAAAACAACGGGGCUGAGUGGAACUGUGAGAGGAGGAGAAGAGAAGAAAGGAUCAGAUUUGACACAUCAAAGAGGAAAACCAAACUUGGAGGAACCAAAGACCUCCACAACAUCAAGACGAUACCUCUGCUCCCAGAUCAAGUUAGGAAGCCUGAAAAGACCUGAGAGGACACACACAGGAGAGAAGCCGUACCAUUGCACCCAGUGUGGAAAUAGUUUUAGCCGGUUAGGAAGCCUCAAAGCUCAUGAGCGAAUACACACGGGAGAGAAGCCAUACCAUUGCGGCCAGUGUGGAAAGAGUUUUAGCCUGUUAGGAAGCCUGAAAGCUCAUGAGAGAAUACACUCAGGAGAGAAGCCAUACCAUUGCGGCCAGUGUGGAAAUAGUUUUAACCAGUUAGGAAACAUGAAAAGACAUGGGAGAAUACACACAGGGGAGAAGCCAUACCACUGCUCCCAGUGUGGAAAGAGUUUUACGGCGUUAGUUAAGCUGGAAGCUCAUGAGCGAAUUCACACAGGGGAGAAGCCUUACUACUGUUCCCAUUGUGGAAAGAGUUUUAACCAUUUAGUUAACAUGAAAAGACAUGAGAGGAUACACACAGGAGUGAAGCCUCACCAUUGCUCCCAGUGUGGAAAGAGUUUUAAGCGGUUAGACACCCUCAAAGAUCAUUUGCGAAUACACACAGGGGAGAAGCCUUUCCGUUGCGCCCAGUGUGGAAAGAGUUUUAGCCGGUCAGGAAGCCUGAAAGAGCAUGAGCGAAUUCACACAGGAGAGAAAACUUACCACUGAUCCCAGCGUGCAAUGCGUUUUUACCCAAUUAGGACACCUGAAAGAAGACCGCACAUGGGGGAGAAGCCUUACAAAUAUUCAGACUGGGGGGAAGGCAUUUUACUCAUCAGUAGCGUAAAAAACAUGUGCGAAUCCACACAGGAGAGAAUAAUGACUUCUCCUUGUGUGUAAAUGUAUAUUUCACAUCACACUGACUUAAAAUUCACCAGAGAACAUACACAGUGCUCCCAAUUGUCUUAUAUUGUUGACUGAGAAUGUGUUUACUUGUUUAUACCACAUGAAAUUGAAUGGUAAAGUAUACUCAAAAAUAUAUUUGUGUGUUUUUAUUAGAAAAUAUGAAUUCAAUAUUGUCGUGUCUUUGCCAUCAUUAAAAGUGAAGACUUAUUUUAUUAAGUCAAUUCUCUGUAAUUAUUAUUACGUGAUUAAACCAAUCGUGUACAUUUAAUUAACUAGGAAGUCGGGGCACCACGGAAAGACCUCAGAUUACAAAGUUAUACUUUUCCGAAUGUAACUCUUCUGAUAUUUUAUUAUAUUUUCAAUUAGUUUUAUAUUAAUGAAUUAUUCUUUACCUCACAUCAGUCUCAUUCCAAACGUCGUAAAUUGUUGGUUAUCUGCACGAACCCAGACUUUUUUUAAAAUAAAUC